AUGUGCCGCUGGGGUUGCCAGGAAGUAGACACGGUAAGUCCUUAUUUUUUCCUAACUUAAGGGUAGGUCUACAUGUGCAAGUAUUGUGGAACACGAUUUUGUUGCUUCUGUCUCCGUGGAGAGUUUAAAGGCACAAUGGAGGAAGCUGGACAUUGCCCAGUAUGUAAUCAGGUAAGUAUUGGCUGAAAAUGUUCUGACUAUUUUGUCACUUUGAUGGUUUAUAUGUUUGCUAGAGGUUCUAAAUAAAACAUGAACUAAGGCAUUUGCGACAGGGUUUGGCAGGUUGGACCCUGAUGUAUAUGAAGAUAUACGAGUUGGAUUCUGUCAAUUUGGCGAAAAAAACGAUGGCUGCCAGUAAGAAGUACGAUUAAUUAUUGCUAGAAUUAUGGGGGACUUAACUAUGUGGUGAUUCGUCCAAAAUUACUGAUAUUCCUUCAGCCAGUAAAUUUUCGCUGAUCAUUUCAUCAGAAAGUUUAUUGCAAAUCUGCGUUGUCUGUAUCUAAUAGUGACUCCAAUAUUAGUUGUGCGUAAUUAAUGAAACAUCUUUAAAAUAUUAACAUUUCAAUUUGAAAAAAAGCAAAAAUCGAAAUAUUUGCUUAAUGAUGAAAGAAUGAAUUUCGACGAAAAUAAGUUUGACGUCAGUUUUUUUGUUCGAAGGUUUGAACACUUAUGUCACUUGUAUAAACUAUUGGAUACGCCAGUAUUUAUCCAUUGUAACUUUCAACUAAUUUAUUUGCAGACCAUUUGGUUUAACCAAAGCACGCGCAAGAAAAACAGAUCUGUUGUCUGCUAACGCAAUUGCCAGCGUUUUCUCGUUUUUAAGGAAUAUGACACCCGCCUGAAUUCUCGUUUUUAUAUUUUAACGUUGUAGAAGAAGUGUUCAGGCCCUAGGGUCGAACGACCCCCACUUGCUUUUCGUAAAAAAGAUUCGAACGGAGCUAAAAAGAAACGAUCAACUAAAAGCAGCUCCAGAAAGACCAAAACGUGA